AUGAUACCAAAGCGGGAGUUCGUGGAAUUCUGGAGCGUCAUAUUUGUCUUCCCUGAAUGUAAUCUUCAAUUUAAAUGCUACAAGAAAGCUUGUUGUUUCCUUGGCCUAUCUAACGUGGAGCAAAAGAAAAGGAUAAAUGAUGUCACUCAGAUUUCGACAAUUGCUGAGAUUUUCAAUGCAAUACCUGCAGCAAAGAAACAGUGCUCUGAAGUUCCCAAACUGAUUAUGCUGUACUACACCGUGCCACUCCCCUCAUCUUCCUGUGAGCGCACAUUUAGUUGCAUGCGUCGGCUGAAAACCUGGCUGCGAUCCAACUCUGGGGGAAAUCAUCAUAUUAACAUUAUGUUUGCUAACAUUGAGAAAGGAUACCUCGAUAUGGUUGACAUAGAUCAGGUUGCCAGAGAGUUUUCCGAGAAAAAUGAAAGGCGAAUUAAAUACUUUGGAAAGUAUUAAACUAACUCUUAGAACUAGAGCUGCGAGCAGUUAUUGUACAUACUUGCGUACGUAAAUAAUUAAAUAGCAAUACGUACUUGAAUAUUCCAUUAUUUGUCAAUUGUUUGCGUACUUAUUGAAGCCAUACUGGAUACAAUAUCAUGUGAAUUUAAUAUUUCGAUAUUUUUAAUUUUGAUAUUAUCGUAAUCACGUACAUGGUGGUGAACAGUACAUAUCUUUGAAUGUUAGUAUGUUUACAGAAAAAUGUGUCUCUAUUUUAGUAACUAGGUAUUAACCACUUUAAUGAUUAAUGAUUAAAGUUUCUGAUCUGAUUACAGCUUUGUUGAACGGAUAUUAUUUUCUCUGUAAUACGUACUAAAAUUGCCUAAAAGCCGGAAAAUUAGUUUCACAAUAAUUUAUAGGUAAAGUGCCCUUUGAAAUAAUCAGCCCCCCCCCUCCCUUUUUAUCGCUCCGGCGUCCCUAAAUGAGUCAAUGCAGAACUCCUGCAAUCAUUCUUUUAUACCAAAAAUAUUAAAUGAUAUGAUUUUAAAUAUUACUUGUCUCUGUAUAGCAACAUCUAAACUGAAAACACAAGCUGGUUUAGUAACUCCACCAACAAGUAUGUGCUGAACGAGUCAAUGCCAAACUUCUGUGUUCAUCCUUUUAUCCUAAGAAUAGUACACGUUAUGAUUUUAAAUAUUACCUAUCUCAUUACAGCAACACUGAAAAAGCACUAUUAUAGCACAAUUAUAGCACCUUCUACACCGAAAAAGACGGAUAGUAGGUCUACAACGUCGACAACUCAACCAACAGGUAUGAUCACAAAGAAUAAAGGUAAGAUUCCAUUUUCAUCUUUUUAUGUUUUUAAGUGAAUAUAUUACAGUUAGAUUCCAAUUCAGUCUUCUAUAGAAUUAUAUUGCAAAAUCUGGACCGACCAAGACAGAAACCUAGUGGUAUACCACUUGCUUAAUAUAUUAUCUCGUUUAUAUAGAUAAUUCUACACCGAAAAGAACAGAUGCUUCCACAACCCAGCCGCAGCUAAAAAGUAAGUUGACAAUGUAAAACAACUGUCUAAAACAUAAUGUCCGUGUAUUGUUAACUUGCCUAAUGUGUUCAUCUCUAUAGAUAAAUCCACGCAGAGAGAAAUAGAUGUAACAACAACUAAAGCGAUAAGUAAGUUUGCACGGAAUUAAAAUUGUUCCACAAAGUAGUUAACUGUUUUAAAAUUAAUGGUUAAAUGCUUGUAGUUAACUUGGCGAGUGAUCUUUCUCAUAGCAAAAUCCAAUGUACCAAAAAUGACAGUUGCUCCAACAACCCAACGAACAA